UGCAUUAGCAUUGACUUCAAAGAAUGAAUACAAGGUCUGGUAAACGGUCCAAAACCAGUGUUCCCAGCGGCGAUGCGCAAAACACCGACAUAAAUCCAGGUACCUUCUGGAGAAAGAGAAAGAAGCCAACAGCGGGUACUUCCGGUAAGAAGAAAAUUAGGCCCACACCUGUGGGCCAUGCUGUGCACAUGGACAACAAUGGUGAAGGUACUGAGGCAACUGUAGCGCCAACAGCAUUUUUACAUGUUAAGAAGAAGCACCUUAAGCGCCAUGAGACCAAGAAGAAGCAGCACACAGUCACAGAAAAAAUCAGUGACCUGACUGAGGAGACAGACUCCCUCCGCCAGCAAGUUGGUCAAAAUGACGGUGGGACAGUUGACACAUCUUCCUCGGCCAACUCGUCUCCUGGAGCUUGUUCUUUCUCUUCAUCCUCCAGUCCAUCCAACUCCUCUUCAUCCUCUUCAUCCAGCUCCUCAUCCUCAUCAACUGAUUCUUCCGAUUCAGAAAAGAAAUCGAAGAAAAGACGCAAGAAGAAAAAGAAGCACCACCACCACAGUCACAAGAAAAAGUAUAAGAGGAAGAAAAAAGAGAAGGAAAAAAGGCCAUAUGGCAAGCAGAGAGCACGUCAUCCUGAGGAGGUCAUCAAGAGAUACAGGAAAGUCCUUAAGGCAUACAAGAAAGGAAGAAAGCUGGGUGUGGCAUAUCAAAAGGUUGGUGUCGACCGAAACACCAUCGUCGCCAAUGCCCCGAUCUGUGAGCUGGCUGUUGUGGCCCCGAAGAAAUACAAGGAGUUGCUGGUUGCUCAUACACCACAGCAAAGACUGCAGGACUUUGCAAAAAAAUGUCAGGACGUGUUGAUUAAUGAUCCAAACCUUUUGAGGGAUGUUGAACAUCAAAAGAAGAUGGGGAAACUGAUUCCUCUGUCAAAGAAAGCUUAGCUGUUUUGUCACUGUGGGAUGGUGCUCUAGAGCAGUUCUUUUGUAGCUCGGGUCUGGUUCACUAACUAUAGAGUUAUGCUAAGACAUGUUAAUAUCAGUAAUGCCAAUGGCUUGAUUUUGAUUUAUUUUGUUUUCAUAUUCUGCACAAAAAGUGUUGUUGUGUGAUAUAUGAAACUGUUGUAUGAUGACAUGUACUGAUGGCUCUGUAUGUGCGUCUCUGUACAUUAAACACAAUGUUCAAGAUUUCAUCUGUGGUGUUUCUUUGGUUAAAUACAGUACACAGAAAAGCCUAUGGGUGGAACAAGGUUGAGGUACAAAAAUUUGAUAUUUUAAAUAUCACAUCAUUUCUGUAUCUUGAACUUGUUCCACCCAUUUGCUGUUUUACAAAGUUUCACUGAUAUUAGUAGAUGGUUAACAAAUUAUUAA